CAAAUGCAAUUGAAAAAUAAAUGCCCUAGAUUCCCAAUUUCUCUGCACUCGCUCUCCAUUCGGCGCCUAUACUCCCUUUACUGGAUUCAGACACUGUCAACGGUCAUCGGAGGAAGUCAUCCCUUCAAACUCCCCCUCUGAAUUCCAUCAGAUUCACUCAGGUUACCCUUUCCAUCUAUGAUAAGGUUAAUGGAUUGUAUAUCAAAUCCUCCACCGUGUGAAGAAGAUGUGAAAGGCAAAGUUGAAUCAUCGCCUAGGGUGGAUACUGACCUGGAGGUUGAAAGUCAUUAUGCAGAAGUUUCAUUUGUUGACAAGCCUGGAGCAGACAAUGAUGAUGAACAUGGGUUACAGAGUGCGAAAGUUGCAUCCAUUGACAAGUUUGGGGUGGAUAAUGAUGGUGAGCAUGAAUGUAAAAGCCUGAAAGUUUCCUCUGAUGACAAGUGUGAGAUGGAUGUCGAUGGUGAGCGGGACUGUCAGGGUCCAAGACUUUCAUCCAUAGAGGAAUGUGGGAAGGAUUUGGAUGGCAACCAAGUUCAGAACCCAAAAGUUGCCUCUGUUGGCCUAACAGGGUAUGAUAUUUCCAUAAAGGAUGAACCUGAUGAGUAUGUUGAACCAAAAGUUGGGGUGGAAUUUGGGUCAGAAGAACUUGCAUACAAGUGUUACCAAAGAUAUGCUGUGAUGGAGGGUUUCAGUAUUCGGAAAGAUUUUGUAAAUAAAAGUAGGAUAAAUGGUGCAGUAGUAUCCAGAAGGUACACUUGUUUUAGGCAAGGACAUCGUCCUAGCAAACAUGAGGCAAAUGUGAGGAAACCCCGGCAGGAAACAAGAACUGGUUGCUUGGCACAUAUGACUAUUGCUCGUCAACCUAAUGGCAAUUUUCGUGUUACUCAUUUUGAAACAAGACACAAUCAUGAGCUUGUAACCCCAACUACUGCAUAUAUGUUACCAUCACAUAAGAGACUAACUUUUGCCCAAGCAGUUGAAGCCAAUUCAGCCAAUAGCUCUGUGACAGAUGGCGUACCAAGACUUGGAAUGGGGUUUGACUCAGAAGAUCUUGCAUAUGAAUUUUACAAUGCAUAUGCUGGAAGAGUAGGUUUUAGUGUUCGAAAAGAUUAUGUAAAUAGGAGUAAAAUAGAUGGUGCUGUGGCAUCUAGAAGGUAUACAUGUUUUAGGGAAGGGUUUCGGCAGAAAGAUAAACGUGAUCUGAAUGUGAAGAGGCCUCGAAAAGAAACAAGAAUUGGCUGCCUGGCACAAUUGGUCAUUGCUCGUCAGCCUGAUGGUAAAUAUCGUGUUACUCAUUUUGAAGAAAAGCACAAUCAUGAACUUGUAGCUGCAUGUAGAGUUCGUAUGUUACGAUCACAAAAGAGAUCAGCUGUGGGCCAAGUUGUUGAAGCCAAUAUUGUGGAUGGCUCUAAGAUCCACCCGAAAUCAUUGUCCGAGUUAAUGUGUAAAUCAGCUGGAGGACAGGAGAAUCUUGGUUAUGAUCCCAUAGAUCAUAAAAGCAAUCUACCAUCAAAACGCACAAGGGAAAUGAGAAAUAGGGAACCGGGAGACAUUCUUAAAUAUUUUCAGAGCAAGCAAUUAAAAGACCCAUCUUUCUUUCAUUCCAUACAACUUGAUGCUGAAGAACAAAUAACCAAUGUAUUUUGGGCUGAUGCAAAGAUGGUGGUGGACUACAGUGAUUUUGGUGAUGUGGUUUGCUUUGAUACAACUUACAAGCUAAAAGACUGCAGACCUUUUGCACCUUUCUUUGGAGUGAAUAAUCAUAAGCAGAUGGUGAUCUUUGGUGCUGCACUUCUAUAUGACAACACAGUUGAAUGUUUCAAGUGGCUAUUUCGUACUUUCAUUGAGGCAAUGUCUGGAAAGAAGCCAAAGACAAUCCUCACAGAUCAAGAUGCAGUAAUAGCUGAAGCAAUUGAGGCAGUCUUGCCUGAAACACAUCAUCGAAUAUGUGUUUGGCAUGUAUACCAAAAUGCACUCACAUACAUUAGUGACAUAUUUUUGGCUUUUGAAUCUUUUAGCAAUGAUUUUUGCAGUUGCAUAUUUUAUCAUGAGGAGGAGGAAGAUUUCAUCAAUGCUUGGAAGGUUAUGCUGGAUACAUAUGGUCUUUGGGAGAAUGAGUGGCUGAAUGAGAUAUUUAAAACAAGAGAGAAGUGGUCCAUAGCGUAUGGAAAGCAUAUAUUUUGUGCUGACAUAAAAACCGUACAGCUGUGUGAUGGUUUUCAUACUAACUUGAGAAAAUACCUAAAGUCUGACUUAGAUGUGCUGCAAUUUUUCAAGCAUCUUGGAAGGGUGGUGAAUGAUUGGCGUUACAAAGAAUUAGAAGCAAAUUAUGACAUGAGUCAACAUAUGCCUAGACUAAUGGGGGAUGUGAUUCUGUUGAAGCAUGCUCGGGACAUCUACACGCCGAGUAUAUUUGAAUUGUUUCAGCUAGAAUACGAAAAGUGUCUGAAUGUUGUUGUUAGCCACUGCACUGAGAGUGGGUCAUUGUUCAAGUACAAAGUUGGCACAUAUGGGCAUUUACAAGAGUCUAUUGUUGUAUUUAACUCAUCUGAUAAUAGAGUUGUCUGCAACUGUAUGAAGUUUGAGUCUAUGGGAGUUUUGUGUAGCCAUGCACUGAAAGUGCUUGAUUAUAGGAAUAUAAAGGUGAUCCCAAAACAAUACGUCUUGAAGAGGUGGACAAGAGAGGCAAGGGUUUGAGAUGAUGGAGAUAAUUCCAAGUGCAUCACACUCUUCAACUACAAGUUGGCUGAGGCAAGUUGAUUAAAGAUUUCUGAAUGUUAUGGGAAACCUACGUGGAAAAAGAAGAUUAACUUGUUCAGUUAUUUUAUGAUUUAGUGGAAGGUUUGGCAAACCUUGUCGAGUAAUUUAUAGUUGAUAUAAUGAAAGGUCUGACAAGCCUUGUUGUACAUUUAUCUUUUGGAGCUUGAAACUAAAGCCUUGUUGUCUUUGUUUGUAAAUCUAGAAGAUACCUAGCAUUGCCAUUUUUAACUUACACUGACGAUCAGUAGGAACUGCACUGUUGGACAUGGAUUCUCCCUGAUUCAGCAGGUUGCCAUCAUGCUGAAAUCACCAGCAGACAUUCUUCCUCUUGACUUAGUCCACACACCUCAGCACCUUCCAGCAAGGCCCAUUCCAGUUGGCACUAUUUGCUUGAUCAGACAUUUCUAGAACACCUCUAAUUUGGAGUUUUUAUUCUGGGCAUCUCUAGUACAUCAUUAACUUUGUAGUUCUUCUUAAGUACCUUCAUUGGUGAAUGAGGUUCAAGAUUCUGGGAAAUCCUCCAUUUGGAUUUUAGUUUCAGAGUUGUGUCGGAAUUUUGAGCUGGGAUUUUGUGCCAUCUUUA